AAAAUUAUCAAAUCUUGUCCAAACGUGUUGAAUUAGAUUUGCCUCCAAAAAUUAUUGAAAAAGUUGAUUUUUCUUUUAAAAUUGAUGAAUCAAUUAUAAGUCAAGAUGAAGCACAAGCCACAUAUAAUCAAAUGCGUCAAAUUACCAAAGAUUUUCGCACUCAAGCAAUGACAUUAUAUGUUCAAUCAGCUUGUCGAGAAUAUGAAAUCUUAUCAAAUGAAAUUAAAGCAAGUCGAGGGCGAUACCAACAAUCUGCAAAUUCAAGAAGAAAUAACCGCUCCGACUGUAAUACGUUCGCUGGGCGAGGAUUUCUUGCUCCAGCAAUAAUUAAUCAAGCAAAUAUUCAAUUAAAUGAAGAAGAACAUCAGCUAUUAAAAUUAGGUCCAAAAUUUAUAUUUAAUGACCCAAAAACAGCAGCCCGACGGCGUAUUACAGAGUUGGCUACUUUAAAACGUAAAAUACAAGAUUGUUUUCUUCGUAAGAAGGUGAGUCCCGGUCGUCCUCUUCAACAAUUUAUGGCUGAAUUAGAUGUUCUUCUUCAAACAUUACAUGAUGUUUCAAUAUCAAAUAAAAAUCUUAAUAAUAAUAAUAGAAUAAUUGGAAGUCGAAUAAAUGAUAUUCUUGAAUCAGUAAAUAGUCAAGCAAGUCAAUCGCAAUCACAAAAAAUUACUGGUACUAAAAUUAAGAAAAAGAAAAAUUAUGGUCGACUUGUGAAAAGACUGAAGCAUAGAUUUAAAUUGGCUAAUGUUAUUUUACGUAAAUCUGAUAAAUCUAAAGUAUUUCAUUUAGGUAAAUUAGAAGAUUAUCAGAAGAAAUCGGAAGAAUAUAUGGCUAAAACCCAAGCAUAUAAAUGCUUAGGUAUAAAUGAUCCAUUACCAGAUUUAAUUACAAGAACCAAUAAAUAUUUAUUGGAUUUAAGAUUAGCCAAAUGGAUUACUCAAAAACAAUAUGAAAAACUAUGCAUUAAUCCAUGUGAAGUCGAACUGGCUCAUUUAUAUUAUUUACCAAAAGCCCAUAAGCCAGGUACUCCUCUUCGUCCAAUAGUAUCUGGCCUUAAACAUCCGACAAUUAAAAUUUCAAAAUUUCUUGAUGAACUAUUAAGACCAUUAUUUGAUAAAAUGGCCGUAAAAACGACUAUAACUUCUGGCUUUGAAUUAAUGAAGCAGUUGCAAGAAUGGUCAAAGAUAAAUAUGUGUCAAGAAACCUUAUUUUGUACAAUUGAUGUGGUAGAUCUUUACACAAUGGUGCCGCAAACCGAAGGAGUACUAGCAUUAAAAAAGAUGUUAGACCAUUUAAAAUUAAAACGUAUUAAUGGGCUAAGAACAGAAACAAUUAUUAGAUUAAGUCGUUUUGUGAUGAAAAAUAAUUAUUUUUCUUACGAAAGUCAAUAUUAUCAUCAAAUUCGUGGAGGUGCAAUGGGUUCACCACUUACAUUGACUGUUGCAAAUUGUUAUAUGUUCUUUUAUGAACAGCAAAUCAUAAAACAAAUAUACAAUAGUGGUGGACUUUAUUUUAGAUAUAUUGAUGAUAUAUUUAUAGCGAUAAACUGGCCUGUCCGGCAUUUAUUUAAGCAAAUCGACAAAUGGAAUCAUUUUGAUGAAAAUAUUAAAUUAUCUGAAAAUAUUGGUGUAAUGGUCGAUUUUCUAGAUUUACAUAUAGAAAAUCAAGAUGGUCAACUGCUUACUACAAUUUUUCAAAAAUCAUCUUAUGAGCCAUAUUAUUUGCCAUUCAAUACUAGUCCAGCCCAAUGGAAUAUUCAUUUAAUAUUGAAACCAAAAAUUAAAAAUUGGUCUACAAAGAAUAAAAAUUAUCAAAUCUUGUCCAAACGUGUUGAAUUAGAUUUGCCUCCAAAAAUUAUUGAAAAAGUUGAUUUUUCUUUUAAAAUUGAUGAAUCAAUUAUAAGUCAAGAUGAAGCACAAGCCACGUAUAAUCAAAUGCGUCAAAUUACCAAAGAUUUUCGCACUCAAGCAAUGACAUUAUAUGUUCAAUCAGCUGCUCGAGAAAAUGAAAUCUUAUCAAAUGAAAUUAAAGGUGUCGUUGAUAGAUUUCCUCAAGAUAAUGAUGAUGGAUUUGAUGCUGAACCUGGCUAUGCAGCCUUUAAACAAUAUCAUGAAUUACGACAGAAAAGAAUGAAAUUAGAAAUUGAACAAUCGAUGCAUUUUUUAUUCGAACUGCAAGUCGAGGGCGAUACCAACAAUCUGCAAAUACAAGAAGAAAUAAUCGCUCCGACUGUAAUACCUAAUAUUCAAUUAAAUGAAGAAGAACAUCAAUUGUUAAAACUAGGUCCGAAAUUUAUAUUUAAUGAUCCAAAAACAGCUGCUCGACGGCGUAUAACUGAGUUGGCUACUUUAAAACGUAAAUUAGAAAAUUGUUUCUUCCAAAAGAAAGUAAGCCCCGGCCGCCCACUCCUACAAUUUAUGGCUGAAUUAGAUGUUCUUCUUCAAACUUUACAUAAUGUUCCAGUAAUAGAUAAAUAUUUAAAUUUAAAUCAAAAUGCAUUAUUUGGUAAUAAUAUAAAUCAAAAUAAAAGUAUUAUGGAAGUUAUAAAUAGUCAAUUAUCUCAAUCACAAUUUGUUAAUACAAUUAAAAUGAAGAAAAAGAAAAAUUAUGGAAGAUUAGUUAAAAGAUUGAAACAUAAAUUUAAAUUGGCAAAUGUCGUAUUACAAAAAUCAGAUAAAUCAAAAGUAUUCCAUUUAGGUAAAUUAGAAGAUUAUCAGAAGAAAUCGGAAGAAUAUAUGGCUAAAACCCAAGCGUAUAAAUGUUUAGGAACAAAUGAUCCAUUACCGAUUUUAACCAAGCGAACAAAUAAGUAUUUAUUGGAUUUAAGAUUAGCUAAAUGGAUUACUCAAAAACAAUAUGAAAAAUUAUGUAUUAAUCCAAGUGAAGUUGAACUUGCACAUUUAUAUUAUUUACCUAAAGCUCAUAAGCCAGGUACUCCUCUUCGGCCAAUAGUCUCGGGCCUCAAACAUCCUACAGUUAAAAUAUCAAAAUUUCUUGAUGAAUUAUUAAGACCAUUAUUUGAUGAAAUGGCUUCAAAAACAACUGUAAAUUCUGGCUUUGAAUUAAUGAAACAGUUGCAAAAAUGGUCCAUGAUAAAUAUGCGUCAAGAAACUUUAUUCUGUACAAUUGAUGUAGCAGAUCUUUAUACUAUGGUGCCACAGAUAGAAGGAGUACUGGCAUUAAAAAAGAUGUUAGAUUAUUUAAAGUUAAAACAAGUAGCUGGUCUAAAGAUUGAAACGAUUAUUAGAUUAAGUCGAUUUGUGAUGCAAAAUAAUUAUUUUUCUUAUGAUGGCCAAUAUUAUCAUCAAAUUCGCGGAGGAGCUAUGGGUUCUCCCCUUACCUUAACAGUCGCCAAUUGCUACAUGUUCUUUUAUGAACAGCAAAUUAUAAAACAAAUACACAAUAGUAAUGGAUUAUAUUUUAGAUAUAUUGAUGAUAUAUUUGUAGCAAUAAACUGGCCUACCCGACAUUUAUUUAAGCAAAUCGACAGAUGGAAUCAUUUUGAUGAAAAUAUUAAAUUAUCUGAAAAGAUAGGUGUAGCAGCCGAUUUUCUAGAUUUACAUAUAGAAAAUCAAGAUGGUCAACUGCUUACUACAAUUUUUCAAAAAUCAUCUUAUGAGCCAUAUUAUUUGCCAUUCAAUAGUAUUCAUCCAAAUCUUCCUGCUCAAUUCAAUAUUGAUGGAGCAACAACAGCGACAACAACGACUACUACUAUUAAUACUCCAAUGGAUGCUUUACCUGAACGAGAAAGAUUUAUUAGAGCUGGUAUUAAUAAUGCGACACAACCUUUUGUUGUUAAUGAAAAUAAUGAUGAUCGUCGACAACAACAACAACGACGACAAAAUCCAUCAACUACUUCAUCAUUUAGACGUCGUCAACGUCGAUUACAACAACAACAAUAUCGUCAAGUUUCAACAACAAAUAAUCGAUUUUCUGCUUUAGUUGAUGAAGAUGAUAAUACUAAUGAUAAUAAUGAUCAAAAUGAUGUUGAAGUAGAUGAUAAUAUACCAGUUUCAUCUAUUAGAAAUAAUAAGAAGAAAACAAAGAAAAUAAAAGCAUAUUUGGAACCUAAUCGUAUAUUAAAAUGGUUUGAUGAAAAUUCAAGAGGUUCAAAAAGUAUGAUUACUAGUCGUGGUAAUCAAGGUUAUAUAUUCGCAACAGCCUCACUCUAUGAUAAUUGGGUUCGAGUCAUUAUGAAUUACAAAUAUGGCAAUGUUUUCAAAAAAUGGAAGAUUAAUCAAACAAAUGCAAAAACUUUACAGACAUCAGCUGCAAUAACGGAUUUACAAAUUCAAUUAACUACAUAUUGGAUUCAAGCUACAACUGAUUCUAGUUUUCAAAAACAAGCUGAAUCAAGAGCAAAUAUGGCAACUGAAAGACCAGGAACUAAUACUACUAACGCUACCACAAGUACAGUAGCUGAAAGUUCAGGAACUAAUACUACUAACGCUACAACAACUAUUUCAUCUGCAAAUACAACACAAAAACAUUCAAUACGUGAGACAAUCGAUAAAUUAGAAAAAUAUAUAUUAGAAUAUAUUCAUCAAAAUACAUUAGCUAUAAAGAAGAUAUCAGAAUCACGUAUUCAGAUAGCUAAAGCUGAAUUAGCUGAAUAUAAAGCUUUCGAAGAUUUUGAACAAAUAGCAACUCCAGCCCAAUGGAAUACACAUAAUAAUCUAAAAGCAAAAGUAAAAUCGUGGUCAAUUAAAAAUCGAAAUUAUAAUUUAUUACUUAAACGUGUUGAAUAUGAUAUGCCACCUAAAGCAAUUUCAAAGCUUGAUAUAAUAUCAAAAUUGAUGAAGCUAUUAUUCCUCGCGAUGAAGCAUCAGCGAUAUAUAACCAGAUGUCAAAAACAAUGA